AUGAACAUACAAAUCCUAGAAACACUAGUGCUUUGUGCGUGUGCGUGUAGCUUACUGACACCGAUUGUGGAAAUAAGUCAAGGCAAGUUGCGCGGAUUGAGAGGCUUGUUUGGACAAAACCGGUAUUAUAACAUACCGUACGCGGUGGCCGACAGGUUUCGGCGACCAAGUGAACCCCAAAAGUGGAAGGGGGUGUACGAAGCGAUCCAUCGCAACCCCGAGCUAAGAUGCCCUCAGUGGAGGAGGUUCCUCGUCUUCGGAAGAGAAGAUUGCCUUCUUCUCGAUGUAUUUUCGCCAGAGUCGGUGCCACCGCAGAGCAAAGUGCCCGUCAUGGUCUACUUCCACGGCGGAGCCUAUUACAUGGGCGCUAAGAACCUGUACGACCCACAAUUCCUCGUCCUCAAGAACGUCGUAGUCGUAACGGUCAACUACCGAUUGGGCGUUCUGGGGUUCCUCUGCUUAAAUGAAAUUACUAAUCUAGGACUGAGAGAUCAGGUCGCCGCCUUAAAAUGGAUACGAAACAACAUAGCAGCCUUCAAUGGUGACGAGGAGAAUGUGACCAUUUGCGGAGAGAGCGCCGGAGCCAGUUCUGCUGCUUUCCAUCUCCUAUCCGAAUCCAGCAAAGGUUUGUUCCACAGAGUUAUCCUGAUGAGCGGCACCGCGUUGUCGGUCUGGGCAUUUAAUCAAGAGCCGGUCGAACCGGCAAUGCAGGAUGCUCGAAAAUUGGCAAUAGUUACGACACAACAUGACGUCAUUAAAACUUUUAACGCAACGCCGUUGGACACAUUAAUAGAAGCCACCAAAGACACUUCUGUGAAUCCUAGACAUUUCAAGUACUCGCCGUGUGUGGAUACGUUUAGCACGGAUCCAUUUUUUCGAGGUGCCCCGUACGACCUAAUAAAGUCCGGGAACUUCAACCAAGUGCCCGUGAUGAUGGGCUACACGGAGUGCGAAGGCUCUUACUUCUACGGCCUGUUAGAUUCUGGCUCGGUGGCGUACCUAAAUGACAACUUCGAACAAACCGUCCCAUCUCUGUUUUCGUGGUGUCCAUCGAACCGCAAGAAGAUCGGGCGUCUACUGCGAAGUCACUACUUCGGAAACCGUGAUAUCACGAUGGACUCUGUGAGGGAUUUAAUAAGCUUCUACUCCGACUGGGUGGCGUACGCAGCCAACGUCGCCUUCUCGAAAGUGCUCACGAAGUAUUCGCACGAACCAGUCUACAAUUACUUAUUCGCCUACGAAGGCGGCAGGGAAUUCGCAAAAACCUUUAUCCCGCACCUGCCAGGGCCCGUACACGCCGGGGAGCUGUUCUAUAUCUUCAAACCUUUCGGUAUUCCCUUGUGGACGUCGCCGAGAGACAAGAAAUUUAUCGAAAAAUUGACAACGAUGAUAACGAAUUUCAUGAGAUAUGGCAAGCCAACAAUAAAGAAGACCAAGGCGUUGCCCGUGGAGUGGGCUCGGGCCACACGCAACUCCUCCAACAUAAUGGUGCUGGACAGCAACCUUUCUGUCAUUCGAAAAGCUUACAAACGCCACUCGGGAGAGUUCUUCCUUAAAUUGCUUUGCGAUUAUGGUCAGGCCGGCUACGUACCAUGUGAUAGUGCCCAAAUAUGCUUAACUUAA